AUUUUAGGCUUGGCAUUUCCGGGGCAGAAUACUCCUCCAGUCUUUGACAUGAAACGAGAAUGGCUAAUACCAGAAGAUGAACCAGUUGGACGAAGAGUAACAACAGUGCGAACUCAUGAUAUCGAAGGCGACCCCAUAGAAUAUGGCAUCGAAUCUGCUGUUUUCUUGGAUGGAUCCAGCUAUUUUACAAUCGACAAGAAAACGGGAGAAGUUUUCGUAGGAAGUCCGCUCAUUGGAUUGGCAGGGAAUGACUAUUACCUAUUCAUCACUGCCAACGAUGGCCAUCAAACAGCUAAAAUUGAAGUCUACGUCAGAAUUUUGAAACCCAACGACAGUCCACCUCAGUCCAUCGUGGAAAAUCCCCUUCAUGGACAUGGUCCACCCAUUUCAGGUCUAAUUCCUAAUCCACCUUUCCAUACUCUAUCCAGGCAUCCAGGGUUAUUUCCAGACAGACCGCCUCCUCAUCGUCCGAGAACCAAGUCUACUGUCCGAACUUCAACUUCAAAAAAUGCAGUUGACAGCGAUGACGCAGUUCCCGUCACUGUUGUUUUGGAUGUAUCUUCAGUGAAUGCAGUACCAUCAGUGUCUCCAGAGGUGAUCACUUCCAAUAUUUCUGUUGUAGGAGAUUUAGAAGAAGACCAUAAAGGCUCGAAGAAAGUAGACUGGACCUCCACCGUGUUCCCUCUAAUUGCUACGGUUGCGUUUGCUCCCGUUUUGGUGGUUAUACUAUGGCUGUUACACAAAAGAUGCAAAAUGCAGGAAAAGUUAAAAGCGGAGAAGAAAUUGUCAGACAGGAGGGAAAGUGAGAUGUCGGAUGACAUGGAGCCAAAUCCCCAUAUAAGCAUUCUGUUUCUACAGCGCCCACGAAUGGCCAAUUCCAAUCGAUACGAAUCGGGUGAAUCUACGGGGAUUAUUCCUGAAAACAGAAAAUGGGAAUUUCCUCGGCAUCAUUUGCGGUUCUUAGGAUUGCUGGGUGAAGGAUGUUUUGGCCAAGUGUGGAAGUGCGAAGCCCUCAAUCUAUGUACAACAGAUGGAGCCGGUCUUGUGGCUGUCAAGACCCUCAAAGAGAAUGCAUCAGAAAAAGAAAAGCUGGAUCUGGUGAAUGAACUUGAAGUGAUGAAACUCCUUGACCCGCAUCCUAAUGUAGUGACACUCCUCGGUUGCUGCACCGAUAGAGAUCCGAUGUUUCUCAUCAUGGAAUAUGUACAAAAUGGGAAGUUACAGACUUAUUUGCGGGAGAGCCGAGCAGAGCGUUUCUAUGGCAAUCUACACGGUAGUAGCCGGCAUCUGACAUCACGUGAUCUGACGUUAUUUGCGUACCAAGUGGCCAAAGGAAUGGAAUACCUUUCUGCGAAAGGGAUUAUUCACAGGGAUCUUGCUGCUAGGAAUGUCUUAGUAGGAGAUAACAAAACAUGUAAAGUGGCUGAUUUUGGAUUUGCAAGAGAUGUUAUCAUAAACCAUGUGUAUGAAAGAAAAUCAGAAGGUCGUUUACCAAUCCGAUGGAUGGCUCCGGAAUCUUUAUAUGACAACAUCUACACUACAAAAACGGAUGUCUGGUCCUUCGGUGUUGUCAUGUGGGAAAUCGUUACUUUGGGGUCAACGCCGUAUCCUGGUAUGGCAGCCGCUGACGUCCUUCGUAAAGUGAAGGAAGGAUUUCGCCUGGAGAAACCGGAACACUGCAAGCGAGAAGUUUAUAAUAUUAUGUUUUACUGUUGGGACAGGGAUCCUAAUAAACGACCGUCAUUUACAGAACUCGUUCAGCUCUUGGAUAAGCUGCUGAUUAGCGAAAAUGAUUAUAUCGAGCUGGAUCGUUUCCCUGAUCAUUCGUAUUACAAUAUCACCAGUUUAUCUGGCGAGAAACUUUGACACUUUCAGACUGAAUAUACUCAGAUUUAAGGCUCAUGACUUAACAUAUUUAUAAAUGUGAUCUUGACGACAAUGCAACUCAGGAAUAAAAAGUGAAAGAAGUUGAUGAUGACUAUGAUAAUCAAUCAUACUGUGGAGAAUGAUUUUAGAAGUUCUAUUUUUGUAUACAAAUUGCUCUGAAAACAAAACUUUUAAAAUGUUUUACAGAAAUUUAUGGCUCCUUGGAUUUUGAGAUAUAUAUAUUACAGCUCUGUAUGUCGAAACCUUUUGUAUAGCAAAAUGAUGACCGAGAAAUAUUAAUAAACUCAUUAACAGCUAACAAGGAAGGUCUUUCAACUUGAAAUGUUCAAUUUUGCUGGAACAGGUCCGGUUGAUUCCGGUUAUCCCUAUCCAUGAGGAUUUAAAAAAAAUUUAGGCGCUGAGUCGCUGUAGAUAGGCAAUGCAAAUGUAAAGUGCUGAGAUGUUUCGCAAUGCAACCUUACUGUGCGACUUUCCGAAUUUUCUAAAUGCCCCUAAAUGCCCAAUUGUUGAAAUUUAAAAGUAAAAUAGCAAAUAGAUGUGCAUGUUUGUUGUAAAUACAUAUUAAAUUAAUAUGUAUAAUAAAAAGUUAAAAUUGAUGUUUAAUAUUUGAAAAACAUGGGCGGAAUAUAAUGAGUUUUGAAACACUUACAAGCAAAAAGAUGUUUGAUAUUGAAUUUAUACUUACAUGACUUUAAUAGUAUGCAUUUACAGUUAAAAUAAGCACUCUGGUUACAGAUUAUAGCACAAAUGCGAUGCGAUAAAAAAAAAUAACAGAAAAAUUUUAUCUUGCACCAUCUACAUUUACCGACCUAAAUCAAAGCACGCAUUUUACAGCUUUAGAUGAUUGCAUUUUGAAUAGUGUAUCAACUGUAAGAUAAACAUUGACAUCAAUUUUUUAUAUGUGAAAGUAUAUAAGUAACUAAUAAAUAAUUAUUAACAUAAGGCAAGCAUAAGCAAUUUCAUAACUCAGCUUAUCAAAUGUCAUAGGUUAUAAAUUUGGUAAAGUUCUGAGGAAACGUUUUAUCAAUGAAUACUGGGAAAUACGUCUUGAAAAUAAAAUUAAAAGUGAAUACUGGGAAAAAGGAGGGUUUUCUUAUCUAGAACUCUGUGAUGUUAAAAAAUUAGCUAGUUAAUCCAUGUAAAUGCUAAUUAAAAAUUGUAAAAGUAAAUCUAUUUGACAUGCAAUGCUAUUUUGUGACUAUAAAAUUUAAAAUGCUACCAAACUUCAAAGUUCCAAGUUUGCCAUUGACAACUGGAAACUUAAUAUUCAUUAAUGUAAAAGGUUAUCGAUAGAUAUUGUGCAACUAAUGUAUGUUUAAUUACUAUGUUUUAAUGUAUAGAAUAAGUGUAUUAUUCUUUCCUUCCACUUUAACAUUACAGGUUGGAAGACCUUCUUGUAAAUAGUUGAAAUCGAAUGGCCUUGCUUUCAAAAUGAUGGCCAAUAAUGAUUUCAGGUCAAAAGAUCGCAUCAUAGUGAAGUGAGAUUGUCCUCUCUUAUGGCUGAUGUUAAUAAGUGAACUUUGAAUAUUACGGCUGAUUUGAACAUCAUGACUGUGUGGAAUGGCCAUUGCAAAGUUUGUGACUUGAUAAUGUGCAAAGUUAACUGACAAAUUAAAUAAUUUGUUCUGUUGUUUUUAUAAGAAAAGGAAUAAUUGGGAUUCCAUAGAUACUCUUUGAUACUGCAUGUAACAAAUCCAUUCAUUUAGAAAUUGCUUUGUAAUAAGUUUUAGCUAAACCCGUAUAGAUAAGUACAAUAAUGAGUUUAUUGUGAGGAGAAAAAGACGAGUGCAUAAUUAUUCGAUUAGCUUUAAAAAAUGCUUCAAUGCUUUUUACUACAGAACACGUAAAAAACUUUUAAGUUUCCUCUGUUUUAAUUAAAAGAUCCCCGAAAAGUGUUAACAGGCUGAAAGCAUACCUUAUCGAUUCCUUUCCUAACCUGAAACUCUGCAUUUCAAACUCUUGCCCAAGACAUAUUUAGUCAUGCAAUUUUUUUUUCGAGCAUUCGGAAUAAUAACAAAGUUUUUUUUAAUGUACUUCAGAUUAUUUUUUAAAUUUAAUUCUUAAGGUUUUGGAAUUACAUUAAUUUAACUUAGAUAGUACAUUAACUUAUUUCGAUUAUCAAUUACAAUUGCAUCGUUUUCUAAACUCUUUUAAACUACCUAAGCUACUAGAUUUUUGUGUAUGUUACGAACGCUUCUCAAUCAAGAAUUUCUAUGAGACUGUCGCGUCCAUAUUUUAUGUCCAGUUUCACAAUGUUCUGUUUAUGGAGAUUAAACGUAUGAACAGAUAUAUAUUACAGUAGUGGUCUUCAAACGUUUUUGUCGAUUCGGAGAACCCCUAAAAAGAUAGUUUUCUUUUGUGGAACCACUAAAACAUAAUUUUCUCUUCUGGAGUCCCCAAAAUUUUAAUAUUUUGCUGAAACUCCUACUGUCAAUUAAAAAAUAAACCAUAAAAUUAUUGAAAGUGCAUAAAUGUUACAUGUAUUUUUAAGUAAAAAAUGAAAAGAAAAUAAUUUUUUUGAUUACGAUUUUGCUGAUAAAAAUAGAUUUACUUCGUAUUAUUUUAGGUAAUUGUGACAAAAGAAUUAAAAAUUAUCUAAUUAUUUUAUAUGGUAAGUUUUACAGUCCACGUGUUAUUAAAAAAUUCUUUCGAAUUUUGCUUUUGACUUGCACAAUCCCUUGAAAAUUUGGCCCAAACCCCAAAAUUUCGCAGAACGCUGUUUGAAGACCCCUGUUAUUAGAGAAAAAAUAAAAGUCACUGUUUAUUUUCUCAGUACAACGGGUAUUUCUACAUGUGUCCAAUAUCGUAAGGUUCCUCAGUUUCAUAUUUUUGUACUUUGUGAAAAGAUUUAAUUUUUGAAUUUAGGUAAUUUUUAUACAAAUAAAAUAUAAAAUUGAAACAAACAA